AGCCUACAGAGCCGAGCCGUGUGACAGCUAUUUUUUGGCUCCCUUUUCUGCCCUCCCCUUAUUUAUAUAUCUUCCUCUUCCCUCACCAUUUCUCUUCAUCAUAUCAUCAAAAUUUUUAGAUAUCUUUCUUAUCUUUUAUUGUCUAUCCAACUUCCUUACAUGGCCGACUUCUCAAGGAACAGAACCUCCGUUGAUGCCUCUUCUGCCACGCAGCCCAGCCGUCUUCAGCGGCGGCGACCGGCGUCCUUGGAGAUAUACCCCCCUUCGUCUUCCUGCUGGAACGCCGCCAUUCCUCUUCUCUCUCCGCUUGUAUCUUCACCUACCACGAUUGAUCGGAUGGCGGAAAUGAAAUCGCGGGAGGACCAGCAGCAGCCGUCGCAGCUUCGGAAUCAGGAAACAGACAAGGAAAAGGGUGCUACUGAUGUGUUCAAGAAGUGGCAGCACCCGGCAGCUCCUUUCUGCUGCGAGCCGCCUUCAUUUGCGCCUAAAUUUUUUGUGCCUGUAUAGAUAUCGAAUGGAAGGGGCUUUUAAUAUAAUUACAUUUUUAGGGUUUUUUUUAAGAUUUUCUAACCGCUGAAAAUUUAACAAUUGCAUACAAUGCUUGUAUUUUAUGUUCAUAUACUUAAUGCUAACUAUUUCUUUUAAAUAAAUCAUCUUAUUUUGAAUAA